GCGGCUGUGCUGUGUCCAAUGCUGGGUGCCUUCGUGUCCUGCCCAAAGGGUCACCGUUUCAAGAUCUGCGCUUCAUGCGGGCAACAAAAUAAGGCUGGUCUUGUCUCCCACGAGCUCACUCUACUGGUUCAUGGAGCUUGCUGUGCUGGUGCAACUAUGGGUGACCAUCAAGCAAGAAAAGAGACAGCACUUUUCAGUGAAGAUGGAAUCGAUGCCGCAAUUCUGGUGAAUGCUUCCAGCUUGCUUCCUUUGUUCUUCUUAAAAGAGCGUCCAGGGUGCAUGGAUGCAGAAGGACUUGCAGAUCCAGCAAACUUACGGCCCGAUAGCACUAAAUUCAAGCGAGACCUGGAUGCUCGUGCAAAAGAAGAAGAGGAACUCUUCUACGUACGUUGGAACUCAGGCGUUCUCAUACCGGGUAUGUCAGGAUUGCUUCGCUUAUCUUCUCUUUUCCGCUUGUUUUCUAAAUCACGAGUCCGCUUAACAGCUCGGUUCCCAAUCUCAACUUUGCCGAGGCUUCUGCAAGCCGCCAGUACGGCCCUCCACACCACAGCAUCGCCCUCCACUGGAGAGCUUACCACGAAACGUACCAUCUCCUCAAACUUCCCGGCUCGCCCGAGAAGAUCGACCAUGCACACGUAGUACUUCGCAGCGGGGGCGAUCCCAUAGUCGCUCCUCAUCGACACAAAGCUGCAGUGAGCGUCCUAGAGCCCGGAGUGGCUACACGCCGAGAGGACGCUGACGAAGUUGAUGGAGUUUGGCAUGGUGCCGGAUCCCAUUUGCAUCACUCGGAAGAGCGUGAGAGCUCACACUGCGUGGCCGUGGCGAGCGUAGGCUCCCACCAUUGCACUCCAGGUUAUCACGUCUUCUCUUCGCAGCUGGAAGAACAUCGCGUACGCAGCGUCCAGGCUCCCGUAUUUGCUGUAGAGAUUGAGCACUGCGUUGCCGAGUAGAACGUCCAGCCCCAUUCCCCUCUCGCAAAUCCAGCCGUGAACUCGCUUGCCAUCUUUCAAGGAGGAGAUCUCCGUGCAGGCAAUGAUAGCGUUUACGGAAGUGUGCUUGUUCAUCCGGAAUCCUUCUAACUGCAUGUGUGAAUCGAGUACGAUUUUUCCAUGCUGGUACUGUACGUAGAUCGUGAUCAAGGCUUUCCACCACGUCGCAUCCUUGUGAGAGAUCUUGGCGAAGGCUUCUCGUGCAUCAAGCAAGCUCCCACACUUUGCAAACAUGUUGACGAGCGCGUUCCCCACGAUCUUGUUAGAGGAGUCAUAGCCGGACUCCACGGUGAAUCUGUCGCCCCCCGCGCAGAAACGCCGGGGACGAGCACGCAUUG